UCGCGAGAGUUCAGUGCGUUGACUAAAUGCCACGUCGGUUUGAGUGUGAGCAGCAUCUGAUGGUCUUCUUGAAUUGACCGACUGCGCAAAAAAAGCAACAUCACAGCUUUGGCGGACUGUAACGGCGCUGGAGUCGUGUGCGGUGAGCGGACUGAGAUUGUGACAGUGCGCGGUACAGGCGCGUGCGCGAGGCGUUUACAGCAGCAGCAGCAGGAGGAAUGAGGACCUUCAUCAGAUCCCUGUUGCUGAUCACUGUCGGGAUGGUGGUGUGUCAGCAGACGCUCGCUCACUCCCACCACCAUCACGGACACUCGCACGGCGGCGACGGCGGCUGCCACGGACACUCGCACGGAGGGGUCAAGAUGCAUCACGGGGCCAGCAAAUGGAGCGCUGAAGCAAACCUGCCCCACGCUGAAGAGGAGCAUCACGGACACGGACACGAUCACGGGCACGAACACGAUCAUGGGCAUUCACACGAACACGGGCACGAUCAUGGACACUCACACGAUCACGGGCACGAACACGAACACGGGCACGAUCAUGGACACUCACACGAUCACGGGCACGGACACGGACACGGACAUUCACACACACAUGAUCAGGGAGCGGAGCGGCUGAAAGGCAGUGUGGAGGCAGGGAAGCGGAACAUGGUGGAGCUCUGGAUGCAGGCCGUCGGAGCGACUCUGCUGAUCAGCGCUGCUCCCUUCCUCAUCCUCUUCCUCAUCCCAGUGCAGUCAAACACGGACCAGCACCAGAACCUGCUCAAAGUGCUCUUGAGUUUCGCCUCUGGAGGUUUGCUCGGAGACGCGUUCCUUCAUCUCAUCCCUCACGCGCUGGAACCUCAUUCUCAUCACGGCCAGUCGCACGCUAGCGACGACUCGCACGGUCAUUCACACGGUAGCGAGGAGUCGCACGGUCACUCCCACGGUGCUGCCCAUGGUCACAUGAUGUCGGUCGGGCUGUGGGUGCUGGGUGGCAUCGUUGCUUUUCUGGUGGUUGAGAAAUUUGUUCGUCUUUUGAAGGGAGGACACUCACAUUCUCACUCUCACGCUGCUCCAAAGGCGAAAGACAGCGAUGGAGAGGAUGAUGACAAGAAAAGAGAGAAGAAGGGAGGCAAAGAGAAAAACUCUGAAAAGAAACCUGCGAAGAAAACAGUCGAGAAGAGUUCUGAUAUUAAGGUGUCGGGUUAUCUGAACCUGGCUGCCGAUUUCACCCACAAUUUCACGGACGGUCUUGCGAUCGGCGCGUCGUUCCUGGUCAGUCCGGCGGUCGGCGCAGUUACCACCAUCACCAUCCUCUUGCAUGAAGUGCCACACGAGAUCGGAGAUUUUGCCAUUCUCGUGCAGUCGGGCUGCACCAAGAGGAAGGCCAUGUGUCUUCAGCUUCUCACCGCCAUCGGUGCGUUAGCCGGAACCGCCUGCUCCUUAUUGGCCGAAGGGGUGGGUGCCGCGGCGACCGCCUGGAUCCUGCCCUUCACCGCCGGAGGCUUCGUUUACAUCGCCACCGUCACGGUUCUUCCGGAGCUGCUGGUGGGACGCUCUAGCUUCUGGCAGUCGCUGCUGGAGAUCCUGGCUCUGCUGUUCGGGGUGGGAAUGAUGGUGCUGAUCGCCGAGUACGAGUGAGGGACGGCCGGAGCCGCGGUUGAAAGAAGAACCUUUACGAUGAGGUGAAGAGGCCGACUCAUGGUCGCCUCAACCUCUAGAGACUGAGAGUGUGUUGAGAUGAAUGUUAACAAUGACCACAGAAACAAAACAAAUAAAAAACCCAGAAUGAAUGAAUGAGAGAGAGAGAGAGAGUGAAAGAAAAGGAAGUGCUGAACUGCACUCGCUUACCCAAAGACCAACGGGAAUGGAUCAUUUAAUCAUUUUAGGCACAGGAAUCAACCUUCCCAGGGACCAACGGCUAGAAAAUCACGUGCGGUUCUUUAUACCGACGCGGACCGGAUCGGCACGUGGAGCCUCGCUGAAAUUUGACCAUUGUGAUCUGUGUUUGUCAGACAAACGCUCGUGUCUGCAGUCGCUGAAGCACGGCUCCGCUCAUCAGUAGACUGCUUCUCUAGAAAUAUCAGCUGUGUUACAAGAUUAAAUCGUUUAUUGAUUUUGCUUUUCGCACAAUAAAGGUUCAUGUGAUUCUUUCUUAAGCAGCGGGAGUUUCUUUGAUUCCUCUGGUGAAAUAUUCAGCUGUGUAGCCAUUACUCGGUGACAGAAUGACACCGUCCGCUCUUUAACACACACACACGCACACACACUCCACUGAUUUCCCAUGAGUCUCUCAGAGAAAUCUGCAGCUUGAUGAUUCAACUCAUUGGUGAUGGGUUCUUCAGAAUCUUGUUUGCUGAACUUCGGUUUAGUUUUAGUGUUUAAUUCUUUUUCUUUUGCCUGUGGCCAUAAGCAGAUGUUUAGAUCAUUCCUUGAACUUAUUGAAAUGUUCAGUAACCUCCAUCAAUAAUGUAAACCCUUGACAUUCUCACUGAGUGUAAAUCAAGUGUAUCUCUUUACAAACAGAAGUGGAUGCAAUGUUUUGUUCGAUUUCAAUUCAAUAAAAGAGUUGUGGUACAUCUCUAA